GUGGCGCGGCCUCCCGCCGCCCGAAUCACUCUCAGCCCCGCCCCUCGCGCGGCGGGCGCGGUCACGUUACUGCGCAUGCGCUCUCCGCGCGCCCGCAACCGCCGUGAGGACGUAAGUCCUUCGGCGUGGUAGUUUCCUUAGAGACGGAAUCGACCUAAGCUGCGGCCACCGAGAGACCUAGACAGUGAGACUCCUGGAGAAGCCAAGAUGCCCGCCAAGGACAAGAAGAAAGGCAAGAACAAAGGCAAAGACAAAAACAAAGACAAGAAGGUAAUAAAACAAGAAGACUCUGUGAUUCAUCAAGCCAAAGCCAGUGCUUCCCUCUGGGAGGCCAGGUUGGAAGUCACAGAACUCUCUAGGAUUGAGUAUCUUGAGACUUCCCGAAGACUGGCAAAAAAUAAUGAGGACUUAAAGAAUCAGCAGUAUAAAAUGGAAAAAGAUACAAUGUCUGUAUUAAGCUACCUGAAGAAGCAAGAUCAAGAAAAAGAUAAUAUGAUUGAAAAACUGAAACAACAGUUGGCUGAAACAAAGGAAAAAGCCAAAGAGGAAAGGGAAAAAUUGGAACAAAAGUAUACUGUGCAAAUACGUGAAUUGGAGGGACAGUUUAAUCAAAAAGCCAAAGAAAUUGGCACGAUUCAGACAGAGCUAAGAACAAUAAAACAAUUCCAGAAAAGAAAAAUCCAAGUGGAGAAAGAAUUAGAAGAUCUGAAAGAAAAUUUAAGAAAUUCAGAGAAGAAACACCAAGAAACUCUUAGAAGACUAGAAGGCAGAUUUUUUGAAGAAAAGCACCGUCUAGAGCAAGAGGCUGAGAAGAGGAUAGUAACACUGGCAGAGAGAGCCCACCAUGAAGCUCUGGUGCAAUUGAACUCUGCUGGAAGAAAUGUUUUUAAAGAGAAUGUUUAUCUUCACAAAGCUCUCACAUACCACUUAAAGGAAGCUGAAGUGCAACAGAGAAACUCCGAGAAGUUGCAAGAAAGUCAUUCUUGCCUUUUACAUCAAAAGGAGACCAAUGAGCUUUUGAUUAGAGAAAAGAUUUUGCAACUUACCCAGCAGAAGUCACAAAUCCAAACUCUUCAGAAGAAGGUGGUAAGCUUGGAAAAUGCUCUGGGUUGCAUGACCACAGAGUUUGAGACCGAAGUUUUGAAACUGCAGCAAAAGGCAAUAAUAGAGAACCAAGCCGGGCAGGUAGAAAUUGAUAGGCUGCAGCAACUUCUUCAGAUGAAGGACAGGGAAAUGAAUCGAGUGAAGAAGCUUGCUAAAAACAUAUUGGAUGAGAGAACAGAAGUGGAGAAGUUCUUUCUAGAUGCUCUAUACCAAGUGAAGCAACAGAUUCUGAUCAACAGGAAGCAUUAUAAGCAGAUAGCACAAGCUGCUUUCAACUUAAAAAUGAGAACAGCAUGUGCAGGAAGAACAGAAUAUCCUAAAAUCAGGACAUUUGAUGGCAAAGAAUACAGCACCAAUAGUGUGAAGCAGGAUCUUAUGGAGGCUGAAAAAUGGCCAAGUACUCAAACUAAUGUGGAUAUUGGAGAUUUGACCUGGGAGCAGAAGGAGAAAGUCUUAAGGUUGCUCUUUGCAAAAAUGAAUGGUUUUGCUGCUAGGAAAUGCAACCAAAGUUCUAAGUCUUCUGUUCCAGACCAUAUUAUUUUUGACAAUGGAGGAACAAAAGAAACUGGGAAUGAAAUUAACCUUCCAGAUCAAACCUUCAUCACCCAGCAAGUUCAAGUAUCUGACACCAAUGAAAGGGUGCUACCUGGUGUUAUUCCAGAACUACUGGACUCUCACACAGUAAGGAGCCUGCAAUCAAACAGUAUACUGCUGUUACCUUUCACCAUGCAGCAUCUUUCUGAUUCAGUUCUCUACUAUCCAAAUAGCUCUCAGGGAUAAUAACAAAUAGCACUGGUAUGAGAGAAUACAAAA